AUGUUUCGUCAGGAAGGUUGGCCCGAUCUGACUCUCGAGGAGAUUCAGCGAACUUUCUCGUUUAAGGAGACUAGCAACAAGUCAAGUUGCUACUAUUGUGCGGUUCGUCCUGGCAUAAACAAAGAUCACUGCCCUGAUCCUCCCAAAUCGUUACCAUCUUCCCGACCAUGUCAUCAACGCGGCUCAGAUGCCCAUGACGAGUUGGGAUCCCCAAAUCGAGCAGGCUAUAUAAUGGAUGACAAACACGCAAUGCCUCGAGUGUUCCAUGGGUUCCUGGGUCGAGUCUGGACUGCUGUUGUCGUUUUUGCUGACGACUCUCGAAGGACGAUGUCCGAGCUCGAAUGGCUUAAAGAUCACCAAGAGAUCAAUGACGCGACAGUGCAGUCCUUGAAGGACCAGCUUAAGAAGCAGACCGAGAUUGAAAAUAGUUUGGUCCUCGUGGAGGCGGAAAACCUCAAGGUCUCUUUGCAGCUUAAAAUGACUUUAGAGGUCCAAGCAGCGAUUUCCCAGAAAUACGAGCAGGAACUGACCGAUUACCAAAAGGAGCUAGCGACCCUAAAGAAAGAAAAAGAAGUGUUGCAGGAGAAAGAAAAGGGGUAUGGCAAACUUGAUACACUAGUCAUGCCAACGACGUCUCAGGCACCACCGUCGAUCGUGGAUCUGCUCAAGUCACCAGCAAGAAAUGACAAAGGGAAAAGUUCUGCCCGGUCCAACUCUACAACCUAA